UUAUAUACGCAGAUAAAUACGUAGAAUACAUAGACACAAGAUCGAAAUAAUGUAUAAUAGAUGACAAUCAUAAAUCACUGUAAGUUACAAUUUAAGCUCAAUACUCAUUUAUUAUAAGUUACAAUAACUAAAGUAAACAUCAAAGACGAAAAAGAAUUAAGAAAAAAGAAACAAUCACGGUUUUUACCAUCUGCUUGAUCCAAACAAAGCAAUAAGCCUUUUAUCGACAGUAACACCUAAUGGAUGGGAAAAAUCAAGAAAGAAUAUAAAGAUGCUUGAGGAGAAUAGGAAAAAUCACCGAAAUUCUCUGAAAGCUGAAUGAUAAAAAGAUAUCACGUGCCAUACCGUUGCACAUGACAAUAACAAUUUGCUCAAUAAUGAGGACCGAAGAUUAGGGGACACUCAACAGACAAAGAGACGUGCUUCGCUGUGACGUGUCGACGCCUCGUCGGGUGGGAGUAGCGUCGGGAGUGCGGCAACAACACCUACGCAUUGUAGCAGACACGCCGCGCCGGUACGGUGUAAGUAAAACGGCAACACACUUCUCGAACUUCUAUAGCGUGAUCCGUAAUUCUCUCCGCGACCUCCCAGACCCCGUUGUGGUGUAUCCGAAGCCGCGUGGCGCUGGCUUCGUGUCUCGGAGGCGGCUGGACUCUUCCACCGCUACCCCCGCCGCCAGCAUCGUCGCACCACCACCAUCCCCUGCUGACGGUCGACCGAGCGGCCGACUCUGACAGUGGCUCGGCCGACCGAUGACAGCCGAGGCGUCAGUCCUCAGUGCGCCAGCGUGCCGUAUGGAGCGGUCGCACGCGCGUUAACGUGCGGAGCAGCACGCGUGGACGGCCAGCUGUCAAACUCUCUGCGUGUCGCUCCGACGAUUUCGAUGAAUCCCGUUUAAGUGAAUCAUUGUUAUCUAUUCCGGGGUCAAGUGACCCGUGAUCGUGCUACUGUAUUCCUGAUUUCCGGCAGACCGUAUCUUUGUCACGCAAUCCGCGCGUAAUUCCCGCGCACGUAGUUUCGAAAAAAUGUGUGACAUCACGAAACCGGCAUUGAACGGUUUUUACCGAGAAGACGUCCGACGCGCGUAUGUGAUUUACUCAUAAAGAGAACGCGUCGCGAAAGGAUACACUCCGUUCUCACUCCCGAAGAGUGACGCACGAGGAGCAGCGCGAUGACGGAGCUGGCUAAGGAGGCGUUCACCUCCCGUAACUACCAUCUAGCGGUCGAACUGUACGAGCGAUGUCUGAAGCAGCAAGGAUCGAGCUAUGAGGUGCUGCUUGGUUAUGGCGACUCCUUGCUCAAGUGCGGUCGUGUCAAGGAGUCCAUUGAGAUCUACUCCAGGUGUUCAACGGCGAUGUCCGUGCCGGCCGAUAGACUGAAACACCUGGCAACCGCGCUCCUGGAAGACAUGGUCAGUAUUGGAACGAAUCCCAGACGGAGGAUCGAGACAUCCUUCGCGUGUCCUUUGUGUGAAGGCACUCUCUAUCAGCCAAUGACCGCCGGCUGUGGUCACACGUACUGCAGAAACUGCGUGGAUCCAUCAAAGAACUGUCACGUAUGUGGAGUUAAAAUCGCUAUUGUGAGUGAAACAAAUGUGCUAGUGCAAAGACUCGUGGAGAAAUGGUGGCCACGAGAAGUGGAGGCCAGUCGGGCGAGGCAUGAGGGUGAUAUUCUCAUGAGGAAGGGUCACCUAGGUCAAGCACUGGAGAGAUACAACCUGGCAGUUCAUCUCGCACCGAAUAGCCCACUCCACCUUAGCAACAGGGCUCACGUCUUGCUCCUGUUGAAUAGACCUUUAGCUGCUCUCACGGACGCUGAUCAUGCAGUUAGAUUGCGACCAGACUGGGGCAAGGCGCACUAUAGAAGAGGAAUAGCUUUGUCAGCGCUUGGAAGACACGAAGAAGCGCUCUAUGCUCUCUGCAUUAGCGUGGCCAUUGAUAAAAAUCCACAAGCUGUACGCCAUGAAUUAACCAAAAUCCUGCAUAGAGUGCUAUCGCCUAAGGUACAUCGGCAAAAUGUCCUCUCAUCACGUACGCCGUAUAGUUUAACAAAGAGCGCGUUACGCACGAGAAAUCGUCAUCAACUAAUGAAUUCCAAUCGCAGUCGACGCGCUACUCUGAACAGGUCUGAUUGCGAGGACAACAGCAGUGGCGAAGAAGAAUUCAUACAGACAAUAAACAGAAGAAUUAGAUCCUCCAUCGUAUCGCAAGUCAACACAAAGCUACAAGCAAAUUUAGAUCGUGUAUAUCAGGAUAUAGAAAAAUUGAAAAGAAUCGAAUCAAGACCCGCCGAAAUUCUCUUGCCAACUCUUUCCGGCGGUACUGCUGGAGAAUUGGAUUGCAUUUUAUGUUGCCGCCUGCUUUGGAAACCCGUCACGACACCCUGUGGUCACACCUAUUGCUGGAUGUGUCUGGACCGUUGCCUGGAUUACUCUUCAGCUUGUCCUUUGUGUGUUACAUCUUUAGCUGACUAUCUAGCCAGUAGCCAAAAAACUGUAACGGAUUUCGUAGAGAGAGCGCUUAAAACAGUGGCGCCCGCGGAAUAUACUUCCAGAGCUGUGAGUCAUCAGCUCGAACUAGUCCAAGGACUGGGACUUUUGGAUAACGAACAGAUUGCCGUUUUUAUUUGCACGACAGCAUUUCCCUGCGUUGCCUGUCCCCUGUUUGUCUACGAGCCUAGAUAUAGGCUGAUGGUCAGAAGAUGUGUGGACAGCGGAAUGCGCCAGUUCGGAAUUGCUGCGUGUCUCAACAAAGAAGCAACAGGCACAAAGAGAUAUGCGGAAUAUGGAACUAUCUUAGACAUUCGAGAUCGAGUAUUGCUCAAAGAUGGUUGCAGUAUUCUCAGCACGGUCGGUGGUAGAAGAUUUAGAGUUCUUUCUGGUGGAGAAAAGGAUGGUUACGAUACAGCACAAGUGGAAUUUCUCAGGGAUACCGUCGUACAACAAGAUCAAUUAUUAAACCUUUUAGAGCUUCAUGAUAAGGUACGAGCAAAAGGCCGAAGAUGGUGGGACACAGUGUCGAUCUCUCAGAAGUCCGAGAUUCAACGAGUGUUCGGACGUAUGCCAGACGUGGAAGAGGAUUGGUCACGUUUACCGGACGGUCCAUCAUGGGCAUGGUGGCUACUUGCAAUUUUGCCAUUGGGACCGCAGCUGCAGGUGGGUAUUUUGGGCACUACUAGUUUGGAGAAACGGCUACGAGCCAUUGAGAAAACUCUUGAUCACAUGGAGCAAAGACAACUGACAAUCGCGGCUGCCCCUUCCGAGCAAACUACGACAUCAUCAAGCAUCUGUAGAGACGGAAGAGCAAUUACAGAGACAGCAAUGUCGGUUAUUCAGCAAUCAUAGAAAGCAACGAAGUAUCGCGAUACUUUAGAAGCACCAAUGUCAUUCUGUGGCCUGGAAAUAGGUUCGUUCCUGUAUCUUGUAUAGAGAAGAAAUUUCAAGUAGCAAGAGACAGCAAUCUUAAGUGAAAAGAAAUUACUUCAAAAGCUAUAAAAUUAUUAAAAGCUAUAAAUUUAUUAAAUAAUUCUCUAAUUUGGCGAGCAAAGUUUGAUAUGUCAUUCGAUAGAAUCGAUCAAGACAUAGAGAUGUGCAAAUCAAGAUUUUUACAUUGAAUCGAAUUUUAUUUCUUUAUUUGGACUCAAAUCGAUCCAAGUUGACAAAACUUCUCCUGAAUCAAAUGGAAUUGUUAAA